AUGAAUGACAAGAGGUGUCGGAAGGAAGCUCGAUUUUGUGUAAGCUGUUUUAGCACCAAAAAAAAUGACGAUGAUUGCUUGCGCGUAAUAUGUCUGGAAUGCUGCGUAAAUCGACACAAUGGCCACAAAUUGAUAACUUUGAGUGAGCUCGAAAAUGAACAUCAAAAAUUAAUUAAAGAUUUGCAUAACUUACAACAAAGCAUUCAGAAAAUAAACAAAUGGAUAGAGGCCAGUUUAAAAGUACUCAGUGAAGAUUGUACGAUGUCUGCAGCAGAUUGUGUUGCACUGCGCAAAGCGAAACAGAAUCUUCGAAAUGAAUGUGAAGCCGAUAUGAAAUUUGCCUUGUCAGUUUUAGAAAACGGUGGUAUAAUUCCUUUACCGCCUAAAGCUCUGCAAAGAAUGAGACAGCAUCAGUAUCACAAUAGCGCCAGAUUGCAUAAAUUGUUACAUUUUAUCGAGAAAUAUAAUCAAUCAUCAAUUAAGGAAUGCUAUAAUCGAAGCAUUACAGUAAACACUUCAAUAUCGCACUCGUCGCUGUUUUCCCUGAAUCGUCAAACGUGCAUCACCCUGUGCAGUAGCACUUCCGACGAUCGAUCAGCAGCAGAAGCAGUUGCUGCGAUAGUGGCAGUUUGUAAGUCACGUGAUGGAAGCGGAAACAGAAUGACGGUAGUGGAAGAAGCCCUGAAAGUGAUGAGCAGGAAAAAUUUAAAAAAAGCGGUACGACGGACAGCUUUGUUUUGUUGCGCGAAACAGCUGCGCGAAUCGAUCGACGAAAGUAUCAGUAGGCAAUCAAUACUUCUUUACAUCGACGCCUAUUUGCACAUAUUUUAUCAGUUAAAUCUUCUGGUGACACAAUUUCCAUCCGAUGAAGAUGAUGGUCAAGAUGUCGCGGUAGUAACGCGAUGGGACAUUUGGAAAUUGAUACAAGUGGUAUAUAGUGAUCUGAUGAGAUGUGCUGCUAAGCACUGGGAGAGCGAAGAAAGUGAACGAGUAGACUUGGUGGAUGACUUGGCCUUCCUUUGUUCUCUGUACUCAGACGUGAGUGAUGAAGCAACGAUUACAAUUUGUAUGAUUGAAGCUGCUCGUGCUCGAGCUGCAGCUACAGUAUCUCUCUCCGCUACCACUGUUAAUGAUGAGAACGAAACUGAAGAUGACGGACGACUUACAAUGAAUAUUAGACUUAAUCUAAUCGAUGAGCAUCUAUUGGAAUGUCGUCGAGUGCAAAAGCUGCAACGCUUACGUGCAGCCACUGUCAUACGAUCGCAGAAAUGCGUUCGUCAGCAAUCGCUGAAACAACUAUGGAAACUUUUUUCCGCCUGUUUCAAUAACUCUUCGCAACAUCAGUGA